AUGUCCCCACCCAACGCCGACCCAUACAAGCGGCGCACGUCCAAGGCGUGCGAACACUGCCGCACAAAACGCACGCGGUGUACAGGCUCGUCCCCAUGUGACGCCUGCGUCGCCCUCGGUCUCGGCGAGGCGUGCUACGUGCGUGAGAAGGCCCGUCCCAGGCGCGCUCCAGCCGCCUCCAAGCGUCGCAAAAAGUCUGACACGCCCUCUCCGGCGUUUGGGGAUGCGCACGCCCACUUUGUGCGCGAUGUUGAAGUCGCGAUUGAUAGCUGGCUCGAAGCAGCGGGCCACACUGCGCGCACGGCAUUGCCGGGCCCCUCCCGCCUCUCCAACAUUGGCGGCACGUCGCUGCCCUCGGACCCUCUGGCCCUCGCGGCCCUCGAGGACCGGCUGAUGCUCGCAUACCGCCACAUCCAGUACUUUGAUUUUCUGAGCCCCGGACGCGUCGCCGACCUGUAUACUCGCCACCGCACGCUCCCCGAGUCGCUUGUCCCCGACCAGCGUGCGCUCGUCGCUGCAGUCCUCUGUCUGGGCCGCCUCGCCGAGCUCAUCUUUGAAGUGAGCCCCGAUGGCGCGCCGCAACGCUUCAGGCCUGUCCCCCACGGUGCACGUCGCGAGGAUAUCACAUAUUUCCGCCUCGCUCUGUCCCAUCUCGAACAGUGGGGCGCAGCAAGCUGCACGGCGCUUUGUGCCCUGCAUUGCCUCCACCUCUUUGCGCAGAUUGUUGGAGGACCAGAGGACACGCGUGAACUCCUCGGUGCCAUGGCAUGGCACGCCCGCGAGCUCGGCCUCCACCGCCGCGAAACAGCGGCCGCGUACCCUGCCCUCGACCGCGUGCAGCAGCUCUUCUUCAGCACACUCUACAAGGACGCAUGGUUCUCAACCCUAGUGGACCAGCCGCCCUUUUUGCGCUCUGGCGAGUUUGAGUACGACCCCAGCAUCUCGACCGAUGUGCCUCCCGACGGCGCCACUGCCCGGACGCAAGGCGUGCUCUCCCGCCUGGCCAUUGUCGAAUGCGAGCUCAUGACGACCAUCCACUCGGGCAAGGUCGAUACCCAGAGCCCCGAGUUUAUCCUCGCCACCGAGAGCCGGUGGUGGCCCCUCAUGCGCGAUUGUGUCGAGGACCAGGGACCUUCUGAUGGUAUGCUCUCCCUGAUGCACCCGUACGCGGAGAUCCGGUUCAACUGGAUCCGUCUCCUCUUGCGCGCCCCCGUUCUCUCGCACCCGACCCUCGGCGCGAGCUCUACGCCCAUCGUCGCCCGCUCCGUCGCGCGUAUCCUCAACACGUACGCCACAAUCUCCAACUCGACCCUGUUCCACCCAUGCUACGCCCAGCUGCGACGUAUCGUGACGUGCGGCCAGCUCCUCGUGCUCUGCCACACGGCGCGCGAGCUGAGCCGCAGCGAGGCCGAGGAGCUCUUUGCCAUGUUCCUCGCGCUGUUGCGCGAACACAUGGGCGCGUUCGACUUUAUGCCCGACCUCAUUGCGCGCUUUGAGAGCGUCGGCGUGUUCCUCGGCCUUGCGAUCUCGCACGAGUCCCGCCUGCCGCGCAACACGGAGAUCCCCGACAUUCCGCUCAUGUUCGACUACUCACUCCCCUCGUGGUUUGACGGCAUGUACGAGCCGCACCUCAUGCAGCCCGAGGUGUGA